GGGAGCGGCCGGAGGGAUGGAGCGGAUCCCGGCAGGGAUGCGGUAGCUCCCGGGGUAUCCCGACCCGCUGCACCCCGCCGGGACGCGGUGAAGCUGCCAUUCCCAAACCUCUCUGCAAUGGCCUCAGGGAAUGAGGGGGACCCUCCGCGGGCGCAGGGGCGCCAGGGGAGCCAAAGGCGCAGGCUCAGCUCAGAAGGCCGCGUGGCGGAGGAGGCCGAGGAGGUGUUCCGGGGCUACGCCUUCUACCGCUACCAGCAGGAGCGCGAGGAGCGCGGGGCAGAGCUGCCGCCCGACCCCGAGAUCGAGCAAAUCCAGCAGGAGCUGCGCAGCAGCGAGAGCCAGGUGGGGCAGCGCCUGGCCAUCAUCGGGGAUGACAUCUACCGGCGCUACGACGCCGAGUUCCGCACCAUGCUGGAGAGCCUGCAGCCCACCCGCGAAAACGCCUACGAGCACUUCACCAAAAUUGCCUCCAGCCUGUUCGAGAGCGGCAUCAACUGGGGCCGGGUGAUCGCCCUGCUGGCCUUUGGCUACCGCAUGGCCAUGCACGUGUGGCAGCGCGGCGUCAGCGGCUUCCUGCGCCGCAUCGCCCGCUACGUCGGGGACUUCAUGCUGCAGAACCGCAUCGCCCGCUGGAUCGCCCAGCAGGGAGGAUGGGAGGCCGUGCAGAACCUGGACAAUGUUUACAUGAAGUACAUGCUGGUGGCAGCCGUGGCAGUGCUGGGGUACCUGGUGCUGCGACGCUUCUUCACCCCCUGCACCCCCUGACGGGGCACGGGGCCGGGGGGGCACCGGGCACCCCCUCCUCUGCUCCACACCCCCAGGACAGGGGGGACCCCAGGAACUUCCAGGAGAGAGCAUGGCUGGGGGCUGGGAGCCUCCUGCUGCAGGGUCUGGGGUCUCUGCAGCAGAGGUCUGGGGACAGGGGGGGCUCUGCUUUGUUGUGUUUGAUGCCUCAAAAAGCUGCUGAGGAGGGGACAUCUCUGGGAGGGGACAUCUCUGGGACAGGGUGUCUCUAGGAGGGGACAUUUCUAGGAUGGGGACAUCUCUGGGAUGGGGAAUCUUUGGGAUAGAGUGUCUCUGGGAGGGGACAUCUCUGGGACGGGGAAUCUUUGGGAUGGGACAUCUCUGGGAGAGGACAUCCCUGACCCCCCGACCCCCUCCCAGAUCCUCUGGAGGAGCAGAGGGGUGUGACAAUGCCCCAGUGGCAGCGUGUGACAAUGACAAUGUGGCACACAGUGCCCAGGUGGCAGCGUGUGACAAUGCCCGUGUGUGCCCGUGCUGGCUCCUGUGCCCCUGGGGCAGGAGCAGAGCCCCGUCCCCAUCGCUGACGGCUCCACCCCCGUGGCUGAGGGUGAUCCCAGCCCUGGCUGCUCCAGGGUGAUCCCAGCCCUGGCUGCUCCAGGGUGAUCCCAGGGUGAUCCCAGCCCUGGCUGCCCCAGGGUGAUCCCAGGGUGAUCCCAGCCCUGGGUGCCCCAGGGUGAUCCCAGGGUGAUCCCAGCCCUGGGUGCUCCAGGGUGAUCCCAGGGUGAUCCCAGGCUGCUCCAGCUCUUGGAAACCCCAGCAGGGACAAACCCAACGGGGCAGCUCCACCUCCCGCUGCUCCCGAGCCCAGCACUUGAGCCUUUCCCAGCACUUGAGCCUUUCCCAGCACUUGAGCCUUUCCCAGCCUUUCCAUGGACAUCCCGACCCUUUUCCAUGAAAACCCUCCUGCCUGGAGCCCUGCAGCUCCUGGGGGCACAGCUGGGAAGCACCAGCAGCUCUCCCAUCACUAAAAGCUGCAGGUGCCAGGACAGGCAGUGGCCCUGCUCCCCUCCUGCCCCAGUUGGGCUCCCUGGCUCUUACUGGGAGCACUGGAGCUGCAGCUCCAUGCAGGGACCAGGCUCCUCUGGGCAGGGACUUGUCCUGGUCCUGUUGAGGGAUUUUGGGGUGAGGAGGGGAGCAAACUCCUCUCUCCCAUCCCAAACCUUCCUGAUUUUUGCAAACCAGGGAAUUCAAGCUGGGUAUUCCCUGUUCUGCCCAAGCUGCAGAUGAAGAAUCCCUCCCUUUUCUCCCCUUGCAGCUGCCCAGGCUUAGCAGGACCAGCCUGGAUUUUUUUUAAUGCUCCCAUUUCUCCUGUCCCUGCCUCUUUUUUAACAGAAUAACCAACUUUUCAGCCUGUUUCCAUAUCUGAGCUUGUCAUUUUGCUCCUGGCUCUUCCUGCAGGAUCCCUCUUCCCUAAUGGGAAUGCUCUGGGCUGUGCUUAAGAGAAAAGCAUUAAAAUAUUUGCUGUAUUAUUCCCACCCCUGCUCGGCUGUGCUUGCCCCGUGCAGGGCAGCACAACUUGGCCAUGCUCAGGUUUAGUGGCCACAACUCGGGUUUUGUGGCCCUUCCCGGCUCACCUGAGCCCCCCUGGCUGCUUUGUCCCCUUGCAGGUUCAUUUCUCCACACAAAAUUCCCGUUCUCAUCGUGCCACCUCUUCUCCCAGCUUGGGAGAAGCUUAAACUCGAGUUUUAAAUCGAGUUUAAAGCCCUUCCUCCGCUGUGAACCAGUUUAACCAGUACGAUCCGUGCUCCCCCCCUCCUCCCCGGCUCCUUUUGGGUGCAAACACCACCAGAUGGAGCCUUUUGGCCACGAUGGCUACGAGCCACCGCUGCUUAUUUCCCUUUUUUUCAGCCCCUUGACUGACAAAUCAUCGUCGGUUCUCUGCUUGGGUUGUGUCCAGCAGGACUUGGAAAAAAAAAAUAAUAAAAAUCAGUGCACCAGCUUUAAUUCACUACUUCAGACCCACUCCUGGAACUUCAGCAGAUCAGGGAGAGCUUUUGCUGCUCAUUUAUUCUCAUUUCCCAGCUAAAGCUUCCCCUUGCAGCUGUGAGGCCAUAAAGGAUAUUUUUCAGAUUUAUGGGGAAGGAUUGAGCCUUAGUGAGGUCCAGGACAGAGGGGAGAACUCUUCAAUAGGUGCUGUACAAAGGAAAAAUUCCAUUUUUAUGCAUUUUUCUCAGGGGAUUUGCAGAGGGAGGAGCCUCUCAGGAUGUCAGGGCCUCUCCUCCCUCUGCUUUCAGCUCUCCCAACCUUCCUGGGUGGAAAAAAGCUUGAACUGGGGCUGUGGCUGUGCUGAACUGGGGCUGUGCCCCAGCCCUGCGUGGCCACAGCCCCGCUGCCCCUGCCAGCCCAAAGCAGGGAAGGGACAAAGGGGCCUGGGGGGAUUUCCUGGUGCUCCAGGAGGGGAAUGCAGGGCACAGAGACAGAGGAUUCCUGGGCUGGCAGGAGGAAUUCACCCAGGAGGGAUUUUCCAGGAGAAUUUAUCCAGGAGGAUUCAUCCAGGACGAAUCAAUCCCAGAGGUCAGGGUGGUGCAUGGAAAAGGGGUGAGAGCCCAAAGGAGUCUUAUUUCCUCCUCUUGAGUUUUUUCUCCUCCUGAGCCUCUUUUUACACCUUUUGAGCCCUUUUUAACUCCGAUUGAGCCGAUUUUGAGGGCGGUUUUUGAUCCCACCCUCUCCCUCCUGGGUGGAGGAGUCUGUCCCAGCUCCCUGAGGGUCAGAGGCACCUCUCCAGCCCUUCCCCAUGCCCUGAGCCACUCCUGGCCACCCCUGGCCAGCCCAGGUGGCCCAGGGCUCUGUGUGAAGCUCCGUACCUGACCCAGGCUGGCACUGUCACCUCUGCUCCUUCCCUGCCCUGACCCCGGUGUCCCCUCCCCAGCCCUGCUGUCCCCCAGGGCAGUGAGGGACACUUUGUGGUGGCUCUGGAAGGGUGGGACAAGGACACCAACCUUGUUUUUUCCAACCUUGAAGAGGGGAAGUGCACAGGUUGUCCCUGGGAGAGGGGGGAGGAGGGACCUGCGGGUCACCUUUGCACUGUGUGGGACACGCCGGGGUGGCUUUGACCUGCAAAGAACAAACAAAAAAAAAAAAAAACCAAAAAACCAAAAAAAAAAAACCCAUUUGUUUUUACAAAUAAUCUGUUUUUAAAUGAUGUAAUAUAUAAAAAUAUCUAUCUAUGUCAGAAUAAAAAUGGUACACU